CUGUUUGCUGUCCGGGUGCAGUUCAUUAAUGGAGUCUCUGAUUCUGUGCUGAACCAGCUGCUGGAUAAACUCCUUCAGCACGGUGCUAUGAUUAAUGAGGAGAUGCAGACAGCAAAGAAGAAACCCAGAGCAGAGAAAGCUCCAGAUGUGAUUGAUACUGUGAUGAGGAAGGGACAUGAAAGCAGCAAAACUCUGAUAGAGGCUCUCAGGGAGGUUGACCCCUACUUUUCCAGAGAGCUGAAGCUGUGGCUGAGCCGGGAUUGGACGAUGACUACGAUGACGUCACCACAGAGCAUCACUUCUGAGGAAGCAGCUCACCUUACAGGUGUGGCAUCAGUCAGCCAUCAGCUGUCACCUCUGAGCCUCGUCGAAGGACAGAGAAUCACAGCUGAAGCUGGACAGAACGCCACUCUGCCAUGUAAAACUGGAAAGGAGACAGAGAUCAUAGUUGUGGAGUGGAUCAGACCUGAUCUGGAUCAAAAGGUUGUUAUUUUCUACAGAGAUGGUCGCUCGGAGCCAGAAGGCCAGCAUCCAUCCUUUAGGAACCGGGUGGAUCUGCAGGACAGACAGAUGAAGGAUGGAGACGCGUCUCUGACUCUGAACAAUGUGACGAUAAAUGAUACAGCAACAUAUGAGUGUAGAGUUUAUCAGCGUUCUCCUCUAUCAGGCCUGGAGUUAAUCUCCACCAUCCAUCUGGAAGUUUCUCCUCCUCCUCCAGGGACCGAGGAGAGAGGAGGCAAGGAGGGAGGAGGCAAGGAGAGAGGAGACAAGGAGGGAGGAGAGGGUCCUCCAACAGAACCAGCAGAACCAACAGAGCCGGAUGAGACUGAAAUGUCUCCACUGUCAACAUCAGUUCAACAUCUUGGGACUCAGACAGCCGCCAGCAGCCCUGAAAUCCAGCUCAUCCUGAAUGAGACCUUCAGGUCUUAG